UAUGUCGUGCUAAUGAUUAAUUAACAUAAAAAAUGGAGAAGUUUUUGAGAGACAAUUUUGACGUCCAAUCCAAGCGGCCCUCUGAAGAAACUCUACGACGAUGGCGCUCCUCCGUCUCUGUUGUCAAGAACCCUCGUCGUCGCUUCCGCAUGGUCGCUGACCUAGCCAAACGUGCGGAAGCUGAGAAGAAACGUAAAAAACUUCAGGAAAAGAUUCGGGUGGCACUCUACGUGCAGAAGGCAGCAUUGCAGUUCAUCGAUGCUGCUGCUAUAGCUGCAUCAAACAAUAAUAACCAAAGCCGGGUAGAGUACAAGCUUCCUGAUGAUGUUAAACUUGCCGGUUUUGGCAUCGAUCCCAAUGAUUUGGGUUCCAUGGUUAGAUCUCAUGACAAGAAGGGCUUGGCAUCUCGUGGAGGAGUUGAAGGCUUGUCUAGACUAGUGUCAGUUUCACUAAUGAAUGGCAUAGUUUCUAGUGAUGUUCCUCUAAGGCAGAACAUCUAUGGCACGAAUCAAUAUGCUGAGAAGCCCGCAAGAUCAUUCUGGAUGUUUGUUUGGGAAGCUCUUCAUGACUUGACACUAAUCAUUCUCAUGGUCUGUGCUGUUAUAUCUGUCGGUGUUGGCAUUGCCACUGAAGGUUGGCCUGAUGGCAUGUACGACGGGGUCGGGAUAAUCCUCUGCAUAUUAUUGGUCGUUAUGGUUACAGCCGUGAGUGACUACAAGCAGUCAUUACAAUUCAAGGUUUUGGAUAAGGAGAAGAAGAAUAUUAUGGUUCAAGUUACUAGAGAAGGUUGCAGGCAGAAGGUUUCGGUAUACAAUUUAGUGGUUGGGGACAUUGUUCACCUCUCAAUUGGAGAUUUGGUUCCAGCAGAUGGGGUGCUUAUUUCAGGCCAUAGCUUGUCCAUCGAUGAAUCUAGCCUUUCUGGUGAGAGCGAGCCUGUGGAUGUACACAAAGACAGACCAUUUUUACUAUCUGGAACCAAAGUUCAAGACGGUUCUGGUAAAAUGAUGGUUACAUCAGUAGGGAUGAGGACAGAAUGGGGAAGACUGAUGGUCACUUUGAGUGAAACGGGAGAUGAAGAAACGCCAUUGCAGGUCAAGCUAAAUGGAGUUGCGACGAUAAUUGGGAAGAUUGGUCUGGCUUUUGCCAUGAUGACAUUCUUGGUUCUCCUAGGGAGAUAUCUUCUCACCAAGGCAAAUAAUGACCAGUUGACUGAAUGGUCCAUGGAUGAUGCCUUGCAGCUCUUGAAUUUUUUUGCUAUUGCGGUUACUAUUAUUGUUGUUGCGGUCCCAGAGGGGCUGCCUUUGGCGGUCACUUUAAGUCUCGCAUUUGCGAUGAAGAAAUUAAUGAAUGAUAGAGCUUUAGUGAGACAUCUUUCUGCUUGUGAGACGAUGGGCUCUGCUAGCUGCAUAUGCACUGAUAAGACUGGGACACUGACCACCAACCAUAUGGUUGUCAACAAAGUAUGGAUUUGUGGAGAGACGAAACUAAUCAAAGGUGGUGUUGCAGACACAAACAAGGUUAUCAAGUCAAUUGUCUCAGAACAUGUGUUUGAUAUGCUUCUCCAUGCCAUAUUUCAGAACACAGGAUCCGAGGUUGUGAAGGGGAAAGAUGGGAAAACUAACAUUUUGGGGACGCCCACUGAGACUGCAAUCCUAGAGUUUGGAAUGCUUCUAGGGGGUGAUUUCAAAGUCCAUCGUAGGGAAUAUGAUAUAGUUAAAGUAGAGCCAUUCAACUCAGUUAAGAAAAAGAUGUCUGUGCUCGUAACACUCCCGGAACGAAAAGGAUUUAGAGCAUUCUGCAAAGGUGCAUCAGAAAUAAUCUUGACAAUGUGUGACAAGGUACUAGGCUCCGAUGGAAAAAAUAUUUCUUUAUCUGACCAGGAAAGGAAGAAGAUCAUGAAUGUUAUCGAUCAUUUUGCAUCUGAAGCUUUGAGGACUCUAUGCUUGGCUUACAAAGAUGUAGGGAAGGCUAUUUCAAAAGGUAGCAAUAUCCCUGAAGAUGGCUACACAUUGAUAUGUAUCGUUGGGAUUAAGGACCCUGUUAGGCCUGGGGUUAGGGAAGCAGUCAAGACUUGUUUAGCUGCUGGGAUUAAGGUUCGUAUGGUUACUGGUGACAAUAUUAAUACAGCAAAAGCUAUUGCCAGGGAAUGUGGCAUUUUGACUGAUGGUGGAUUGGCUAUUGAGGGUUUGGAUUUUCGAGAUAAAAGCUCUCGUGAGUUGGAAGAGAUCAUACCAAAACUUCAGGUUAUGGCUCGAUCAUUGCCCUUAGACAAGCACAAGUUAGUGACUCAAUUAAGGAGUGAGUUUAAAGAAGUGGUGGCAGUCACUGGUGAUGGAACAAAUGAUGCUCCUGCUUUAGCUGAGGCUGACAUUGGACUUGCCAUGGGUAUAGCUGGAACUGAAGUAGCCAAAGAAAGUGCUGAUGUAAUCAUAAUGGAUGAUAACUUCACAACAAUAGUGAAUGUGGCCAAAUGGGGUAGAUCUGUGUACAUAAACAUUCAGAAGUUUGUACAGUUUCAGUUAACAGUUAAUGUUGUGGCUCUAAUGAUCAACUUUAUGUCUGCUUGCAUCUCAGGUGAUGCUCCACUUACCACUGUCCAGUUACUUUGGGUGAACUUGAUUAUGGACACUCUUGGAGCAUUAGCUUUGGCAACCGAGCCACCACAUGAUGGACUAAUGAAGAGACCUCCAAUAGGUAGGAGCACAAAAUUUAUUACAAAAGUAAUGUGGAGAAACAUCAUAGGCCAGAGCAUCUACCAGAUCAUUGUUUUGGCAAUCCUUCAAUUCAAAGGAAAAAGCAUGUUGAAACUUCAUGGUAGCGAUGCCACUGACACUGUGAACACCUUCAUAUUCAACACUUUUGUCUUUUGCCAGGUAUUCAAUGAAAUAAACAGCAGAGAUAUGGAGAAGCUAAAUGUGUUUAGAGGGAUCUUUGAUAGCUGGGUUUUCCUGGGUGUCUUGGUUUCGACAAUAGGGUUCCAAAUUUUGAUGGUUGAGUUGUUGGGGACAUUUGCUGGCACAGUGCCUCUAAGUUGGGAGCUAUGGGGGUUGAGCAUUCUUAUUGGAGCUGUGAGUUUGAUAAUUGCUCCUAUCCUAAAAUGCAUUCCUGUUGAUGGAAGCGAAGGGAAUGAAUCUUCAGGGCAACAACAUGAUGGUUAUGAACCUCUUCCCCGUGGUCCGAAUAUGGCUUAAAAGUGUUGGAAUCAAUUGCUUAGGGACAAGUAUCAGACAAAAAGAAGAAUCAAUUUGCUAGACAUUUUUCACUUAUUCACUUUUAUGAUUUAUUGGUAUAGGAAGUUUGAUUUUUGUCUUAGCAUUCUUCCUACUUUGGUGCAUAUGUUCAUCUUUCCACAAGUUAUAGGAAAAUAUCCUCCUAUAAAGAAUUUUGU